GAAGAGCCAUUAUGUAGGCUACAAGCAAAUCUCAGUUUCCCUCAGUUUUCCAAAGAGGGAGACAUUAUGAUUGGAGGAAUCUUUUCAUUACACACAAGCAAUAAUCCAACAAAACCAACUUUUAACUCCUUUCCAGAACCUCUUCUAUGCAAAAGUUUAAAUUUCAGAGAAUUCCAGUUUGCAAAAACUAUGAUGUUUGCAGUUGAAGAGAUUAAUAACAAUACCAGCAUUCUUCCUAACAUUUCAUUGGGCUACAACAUAUAUGAUGCAUGUGGGUCUGUACCACAGUCUGUAAGAGCAGCCAUGGCUUUAGUUAAUGGACAACAGGAAACAAUCUCAGACAAAUUCUGCACCAAGAGAUCUGUUCAUGCAAUAAUUGCACAAUCUUCAUCAUCGCAGACUAUUGCAAUAGCCACCACCUCUGGCCCUUUCCGUGUGCCUGUGAUAAGUCACUUUGCAACCUGUGCAUGUUUAAGCAAUAGAAACGAGUUUCCAGCAUUUUUUAGAACCAUACCAAGUGAUUAUUAUCAGAGUAGAGCAAUGGCCCAACUUGUAAAGCAUUUUGGAUGGACUUGGGUUGGAGCAAUAAGAAGUGACAAUGAUUAUGGAAACUAUGGAAUGGCCACUUUUGUACAAGCAGCUCAACAGGAAGGAGUCUGCAUUGCAUAUUCAGAGGCAUUUUUUAGAACAGACCCCAGAGAAAAAAUUCUUAAAAUUGUUGAAGUGGUUAAAACAUCCACUGCAAAAGUAAUUGUGACUUUUCUUGCACAAGGAGAUAUUAUUGUUCUGCAGCGAGAGCUUUUGCAGCAGAAUGUAACGGGGCUCCAAUGGAUUGGAAGUGAAUCAUGGAUUACUGAUCGGUUCCUGGCUUUGGGAAAUGGUUAUAAAGUUCUUGGUGGUGCAAUUGGAUUUGCAGUAGGAAAUGCUGUAAUACCCGGCUUAAAAGAGUUUUUAAUUAAGCUUGGUCCAGCUGAGAUAAUGAAGAACAAUUUUGUAAGGGAGUUUUGGGAAACUGUAUUUAGCUGCUCUUUUGAAAUCCAAAACACAUCUGAAAAUCCUAAUAUUUGCACUGGAUUUGAAAAUCUGAGUAAUAUAUAUAAUCAAUAUAGUGAUGUAUCCGAGCUAAGAAUUUCGAAUAAUGUCUAUAAAGCAGUAUAUGCUAUAGCAUGGUCUCUCCAUAAUCUUUUCUCAUGUCAAAAUUAUCAAACUAAUACUGGAAGUUGUUCAGUCAAACUUAAUAUUGAACCAUGGGAGGUUUUAGAUUACAUUAAAAGGGUUAAUUUUACAACCAAGAAUGGAGAAAGGGUAUAUUUUGAUGAAAAUGGAGAUCCAGUGGCGAGAUAUGAGUUAAUAAAUUGGCAGCUCACAAAUGAAGGGUUCACUGAAUUCAUGACAGUUGGAUUCUAUGAUGCAUCAUUACCUUCUGAUAAACGAUUUAUCAUGAACAAUUCUAAAAUUGUUUGGGUAAAUGGCAGUGUUAAGGUGCCUAUAUCAGUUUGCAGUGUAAGCUGUCUCCCCGGAACCCGAAAAGCUAUUCAAAAGGGAAGACCUGCUUGCUGUUUUGACUGUUUGCCAUGUGCUGAGGGUGAAAUAAGUAACACAACAGAUUCUGUUGAUUGUUUGAAAUGUCCUCUUGAUUUCUGGCCAAAUGAGAAAAAAGACCUGUGCAUUUUGAAAAACAUGGAGUUCCUGUCAUUCGGCGACAUCAUGGGAAUUUUGCUUGGAACACUUUCACUCCUGGGAGCGAGCGCUACCAUGUUCAUCACACUGGUCUUCUUUUAUUUUCGGGAUACGCCUGUUGUUAGAGCAAAUAAUGCAGAACUAAGUUUUCUUCUCCUCUUUUCCUUGACCCUGUGCUUCCUGUGUUCUCUAACUUUCAUUGGUCAACCCACUGAAUAUUCCUGUAUGUUGCGUCAUACAGCAUUUGGCAUAACAUUUGUCAUGUGCAUUUCCUGUGUUUUGGCAAAAACAGUAGUUGUAUUAAUGGCUUUUAGAGCUACACUUCCAGGUAAUAAUAUCAUGAAAUGGUUUGGUGUAAACCAACAGAGAGCCAGUGUUUGUACCUUUACUUUAAUACAGGUCCUGAUUUGUUCUCUAUGGUUGGCUACUUCACCUCCAUUUCCCUCUAAGAAUGUUAAGCUUUAUAAAGAAAUUAUCAUUUUAGAAUGUGACUUCGGGUCUGCAGUAGCAUUCUGUACUGCAUUAGGAUACAUUGGAAUUCUUUCUUUAGUAUGCUUUUUCCUGGCUUUCUUGGCUCGAAAUCUUCCUGAUAAUUUUAAUGAAGCUAAAUUUAUCACAUUCAGCAUGCUGAUAUUCUGUGCCGUUUGGAUAACUUUUAUUCCUGCUUAUAUCAGCUCUCCGGGGAAAUUUACAGUUGCUGUGGAAAUAUUUGCCAUUCUAGCAUCAAGUUUUGCAUUAUUAUUCUGUAUUUUUAUUCCUAAAUGUUAUGUUAUUUUGUUAAAACCAGAAAGUAAUACAAAGAAACAUUUGAUGGGAAAAAUAAAAUAA